UUAUUUUAACAAUAAUCAUUUCAGUCAACAAACGACAAUCAUUAUAAAUAAUAAUUUUUUUUUCUUAUUGAAAGACUAUAUAAGGAAUUUUUCAAUCUAAACGGAAAAUUAAAUAAAAUUAUAUUCAAUCAAAAUGAUAAUUGUAUUUGCAAAAAUUAAGUAAAAAAAAAAAACAAAGUGCCGUGAAUUAAAUCCUUGUGAAAAUGACAAUAUUUCUAUAUGAAAUAAAAAUAAAUAAAGGACAUUUCUAAUUGACUUUUAUGAAUGGUUUCACCAUUGUUUAUAAGUUGUCAAGGAGCGGGAGACACACUCUAUUUCAGGAACCACGAGGAAGUGUAUAGCUUGCUACGUGCAAAACACAAGAGGUCAAAUAUCGAAGGUCAACAUUCAGGAACGUACACCAAAAUCAAGUUAACAAGAAAAUUGAUUAAAAUCGAAAAAGUGUUAAAAAAUUUCAGUAUAAUUACAAAUUUUCAAGUGACAUUUUUUAUUUAAUUCUUUAUUUUUCUGGAUUGUGUAUAUUUUUCUAGUGUGUGUGUGUGUUAUUUUUUUUUUUUUUUUUUUGCAAAGAACGUGUUUCGCCUUAAAGUUCAAUGGAAGCGCUUGCGCAGAUAUCGCGAGAGGCGCACACAGUGAGGAAUGACGCCAUGUUUUGAUGUCGUCAUCCCCCCCCAAAAAAGUGUUCAACUUGUUCCGCAAUUUUCUGUUGUGCACCCGUGAUUCUCUCUUCUUGUGGGGGUGGUGGGUUUUUGGCAAACCCUCCUCAGCCCGAUAAGAACAAGUGUAAAUUGUGUUUCACCAGGAAGGUGUUUAAAAAAAAAAAAAUUAAAAAAAAAAAAUAGAAACGUCCGUCAAGGACGAUAAUUCACGGCGUUUGGAUGUGCGGGAAGAAAGUGGCUCGGGCUGAGCGGGGGGGGUCAACGAGCGUCGUCUACGUGGUGAUAGUGUCCUAGUGCAAUACACUAACGCCAACAACGGUAUUCUGUGUGAUUACGUCACGUGCCGAGGUUUUAUUUUCAAAUACGACCUGGGUAGUUGAAAAAAAAGCAUGGAAUUACGACUACAUUCCCCGGCCGGAGCUGAGCCUAUCGUUUAUCAGUGGCCCCUCACCUCGGGUUCAGGAUCCGAUCGCCACGAUGGUGCUUUGGACGUGGUUGAGACGAUGCGAUGGGUUUGCGAAGACUUACCUGACUUAAAACUGCCGUUAGAAAAUAAUAUUCUUUGCAAUUAUGACACUCGCGAUUUUGAGAGUAUGAAAAGCUUGUGUGAUAGAUUUAAUAGGGCUAUUGACAGUUUAGUUCAAUUGGAAAAAGGUACGAGUUUACCGUCACAGCGAUUAAAUAAAAGGCCCAGUAGAAGUCUACUUCGUCAUAUUCUUCAGCAAACGUACAAUCAAGCUGUUGUCGAACCAGAUAAAUUAAAUAAUUAUGAGCCAUUUUCACCCGAGGUUUAUGGAGAAACAAGUUACGAGCUCGUUUGCCAAAUGAUAGAUCAAAUUGAUGUUACUGAAGACGAUGUUUUCGUUGAUCUCGGCUCUGGAGUUGGACAAGUUGUCCUUCAAAUGGCUGCGGCUACAUUUUGUAAAAUAUGUAUUGGCGUCGAGAGGGCAGACGUGCCUUCAAAAUAUGCUCAGAGCAUGGAAAUAAAUUUUCGAAAAUGGCUCAAUUGGUAUGGUAAACGUUGCGGAGAAUAUCGUAUAGUGAAAGGUGACUUUUUAGCUGACGAACAUCGAGAGAGUAUUACGGGAGCCACAAUUGUAUUUGUAAAUAAUUUUGCAUUCGGCCCAAAUGUUGAUCAUCAAUUAAAAGAAAGAUUUGCCGAUUUACGCGAUGGUGCACGCAUUGUUUCGUCGAAAUCAUUCUGUCCUUUAAAUUUCAGGAUAACUGACAGAAAUCUCAGCGACAUUGGAACGAUAAUGCACGUAUCUGAAAUGUCACCGUUGAAGGGAUCAGUAUCGUGGACGGGUAAACCAGUGUCUUAUUAUCUUCACGUGAUUGAUCGGACAAAACUCGAGCGCUAUUUUCAUCGUUUAAAAAAUAAACAAGGUGCACCUGAUAUUGAAAAUAAUGAUUCUGUGAUAAGUAACACUGCCAGCCAUAGUAAUAGAAUGUCAAGUAGAAAUGAACGUGGUGAACGCGCCAAGAGAGAUCUCUCAAGACAAUUGGAUAGUCCAAAUAAUUCCGAAGCACAUAAUACGAAUAGUGAUUCGGAUUUAGAUGAACCAUCAAUGAAAACACGUCGUCAACCAAAUAAAAUGCGUAGAAAAUUAAAUCGAAAAGCGAGCAAUGGAAUAACAAGACAACCAGCACGUGGUGGUCGUCAAAGAGGACGUGGUGUUAAAAAAACAAAACCGAAAAAAGCAAUAAAUAUCUCAGGACUUGAUCUUCUUCAUAGUCAAACAUUACUCAGUACAUCGCCUCAGGCGCUUGGUAAAAAACCACCACCAGCUCCUGGUUGCGUUGAUCAACAAUUAUCAUCACUAUCGCUUUCACUUCAACAAAAUACAAAUAAUGUUCAUGAGGAGCUUAGUAUUCCCGCUGCACCGGCAGCAACUCCUUAUGCAUUACAAAUUCUUCUCGAUCUCUACAGGGACCAAUUUAUGGAAAUGUUGGAUUCAAUGAAAACGCCCACUUAUCGUGCAUCGGUGAACGCUGAUAUUGCUAAAGAACGUGAACGAAAUUCAAAAUUACAAUCAAGAGCCGCUCAACUUGAGAAACAAAUUAAAGUUUUAAUUGAUGACAGUGUGGCAUUAUUAAAAGCACGUAUGACUGAAUUGGGAAUUAAUGCAACAUCGCCUGGUGAUUUAUUGGCAAAGGCCAAAGAAAUUGUCCUUAGACAUAAACAAUUGCAAAAUAAAGCCAGUAAAUUACAGGCACAAGUAUCAAAUAUUGAAACAGAACAGGCAAAAGUAACUGCUCAACGUUAUCAUGAAAUGCAAGAGAAAUUUAAUACAGGUUCAAAUAAUCUUCCCACACCACCACAACCAUUAACUCAGGACUAUAUACUUAAAGAAAUUUGUACCACAAUGUCACAAAGAAAGAGACUUCAUUCACAGGUAUCAAAACUGGAACAAGAGUUAAAUGUACUUGAACGAACGAGUUCGGAAAAACAAUCGGCAAAUUUGGCGCAACAACAGAGAGAGGCAUUGAACGCAAAACAUUUGAGUCAACAUCAUCAUAAUCAACAACAGCAACAUCAUCAACAGCAUCAGCAGCUACAACAACAACAACAACAACAACAGCAAAGUAAAAAUCCCCCAUCGAGAAAAAGUCGUGAAAGUCGAUCAAGAUCGCAAGAUUGGCCCGACGUUCCUGAUAUUGGGAAAAUUCAAGAAAAUAAUCCGGAAAUUUUGGCACAAAAAAUACUUGAAACUGGACGACAAAUUGAAGCUGGUAGAAUACCAAGUAAAUCGAGUGUUAAUCCUGUUAAUAAUAAUAAUAAUAAUAAUAAUAACGGUAGUAGUAGUAGUAGUAGUGGUGGUAAUAAUAAUAUUAGCAAUAAUAAUAAUAAUAAUAAUACGAGAACAAGAUUACCGCAAGCUACAUUGAGUUUUUCUACACCUUCAACGCAAGUUCAAUCACAAUGUAAAGAAUCAAGAAUUCAAGAACCGCCAAGAGUUGCUAAUUUCGAGGAUCGAUUAAAGAGUAUUAUUACCAGUGUUCUUAAUGAGGAUCAACAAAAUCGUAAUAAACAACAGCAACAAAUUCAAAUGCAACAAAUGCAACAAAAUGAACCCGAUAGAAAACGAAUGGCUCUACCUGCGAAUGUCACAGCUCCCGAUUACACACAGGUAUCGCCAGCGAAAUUGGCGCUUCGUCGUCAUUUGUCACAGGAACGUUUAACGUCGUCGCAUAUUCCAACAACGGAAAGAACAACAACACAUGACACGCGACAAUCAAAUCAUGAAAAUCGAAUAAUAUCAGGUACAAGUGGUUUAUUGGGAACGAGGACAAUUGGCGAUUUAGUUAGCGGUGAAAUUGAAAGAACAUUGGAAAUAUCAAAUCAAGCGAUUAUAAAUGCAGCGGUUGAUAUGAGUGUUUUAAUGCGGCCCGAAACUGUUUAUUCGCCAAUAAGUCGACCAGCGAGCGCAGAAGGUGACACUGGUUUAGCGACAUUGGCGCAUGUUGCAAGUUAUGCUCCAACAUCGACAUCAGUUUCAACGCCAACGCCAACAACAUCGCGAUCUUCCGUUUUGUUUACGCCCUCGAGUCAACCGCAAAGGUAUACACCGGUACAACUUCCACGAGCUGACAUGAAGCCUUAUCAUGAAUCAUACUUUUCUGAUAAUCCAACACCACCAUUGACACAAUCUCACAAUAAUUCGUCUCAUCAUUCAAAUCAAUCGUCAUCAAAUCGUGAUGGAUUACCCGUUGAGGGUCUCGCUGCAUCCUUACACGCGAGAAUAAUUAACAAUCAAAAUAGUAAUAUAAAAAGUGACCAAAGUUCCACGAAUAAUAGUCGAAGGUAUCAUCCGUAUUCGAGUUAUUCGAACAGUAAUGUUCCAACGACAUCUCAAUCACAAUCACAAUCAUCAUCAACAGGAAUAAAAACGGAAUCUGUGGUUUCAUCAGUCAGCACAAGCGGAGCACCGUUGAGUCCACUUGUUGAACCACAUUCAAAUACCUCAACACCUUUAGUUGAUGAACCACAUAUGAGCCAACGACAACGUAACGGAACCGGUGAUGACGAUGGAGAGACAGAUUGGCAGGACAGAAUAAGUUCAGGAUUCGAUCGUUUGGUUGCAUUUGCAUCGACGGAAUUGGAUAAAAGACGAAGAUCAACGGAAGGUGUUAAUACAAGUCCCGAUAGUGGAUUAGGUUCAGAUAGUGUUGUUUUGGGACCACCGCCUAUUGUACCAUCGCCAGAUGAAGCGCUUGGUCCACCACGAACACCAUCGCCACAUAGUCCACAACGUUUAAAUUCAAAUGUUAAUGGUGGUGUUACAUUAAAUGGACCAACAUCAGUGCCAUUGAAAUAUCAACGACAACAACAACAACAACAACAACAAUCAGAUUCCGAGAGACAUCAUUUUAAAAAGAAAUUUUUUCAUCGCGAUUGGCAUAAUUCAGCGAGUAGCAGCAGCAGCAGUACAAGUAGUACAAGCAGUAAUACUAAUAAUAAUAAUACAAGUAAAUUUCGUCCCAAAGGCAAAGAUUGGGAUUGGAAUCACACGGGUCAAUGGCCUCCGAAUGAUGAACAACUAUAACCAAUAAUAAAUCGACGACCAUAAAUUUUCGAUAUAGGGUUUGAGAAUUCUUUUUCUUUUUUUAACCUUUUAGGUCAUCUUAUGUUUUUUGUAAAUGUUACUUUCUUUUAAUGACACUAUUUUUAUUAAUUUAGAUUGACUCAAGUGAAAAUUUGACAAUUCGAUUUUUUUUUAUUAUUAUUAUAUAUUAAGUUUAAUAUUUAUUGAAAAUGUUGAUGUUGAAUUUAGUUCCUUUUUUUCUGAGGCAGGUACUUAUAUAUUUUUUUUUUUAGUUUUUUUUUAAGUAGUUAUAGAAGUUUCUAUUUUCCAAGUUAAGAAAAGUAAGGAAUAAAAAGAAUUUUUUAUACUGUUCUUUUAUUUCGUAGUCUUUCAAUUGAGUUUUUUUUAACUGUUAGAUUUUUUAAGGGAGGUUUUUUUUUAUUGAAAGAAUUAUCUUUCUCUUGUGUAUAUAUAUUUUUUUUUCUGCACGUGAAAUAUAUAUUAAUAUAUAUAUAUUAAUUUAUCGUUGAUAUAAUCGAAUAAUUGGAAAUGUACAUAAAAUGUUAAUUUCCUGUAAUAUUGUAAGAACUUGAUACUCUGUUUUAAUAAAAAUAAAAUGACUUGUGAAAGUAAGAAACAUUUAUAUAAAUAUAUGAAUAUAAGAUGACAAAAUGCCUCAAAAAAUUGUUUUUGAUACUUUGUUUUUUUUUUUUAUUUAUUAUUUUCAUUUAGCUGAAUUUGUGAAAAAAAAACUUGAUGUUCAUUUUUCGAACCCUAAUCGAGUAUUUUUUUUUUUAUUUUUAAUUUCCAAAAAAAAAAAUAAAAUUUAAUUUAAACGCCGUGAUUAAAUCUAUCCUGUAUACUUGUAAUAUAUUAUUAAUAGUGUUCUUUGAUUUAAGCACGGCUUUAGAUUAAAUAAAUAAAAAAAAUGAAAAAAAAGUGAAACUGUAUCUUGACGUGCACCGUAUAGUUCAAAUUUCUUGAAUUUUUCUAUGCAAAACAAAAAACCACUUUUUUAAUCCAAUUCAUACACAAAAGUAGAGAAUAUUAAAAAAACAA